GGUCUGAGAAACAUGGCUGUGCUCGGAGGCGAGUGCGGACGCGAAUGUUGACGCAUUGAAAUAACGCCGUAUAUAGAUAGUUCGACAUUGUUUGGUCCAUAUGGCGCUGCGAGUUUGUCAUAGGCUACUCGCAGACUCGCUGGCCUUGUCCCGACGUUUCGUGGCCAAACUUGAGCACGAACCAAGGAUUCUGUCAGCAGGAAACUCCGUCUGCUGUCGAACUUCAUUAGUCUUCUCUCCAGUGUGCUUCAUUUCAUCCGAGACAUUAUUAAAUCGACUGAGCAAAAGCAAAGUUCAUCAGGAUGAAGACACUGCCUCGCACCUGCCCACAUUUGUCCCACCUGACAACAGUGAACAAUUUUCUUUAUUAAUGAGAACACCAAAUGAACCAGACAACUCCAAACUGUUGAAAGUUGCGAUAAUUGGAUCUCCAAAUGCCGGAAAGUCCACUUUGUCCAACCAGCUUCUUGGCAAAAAGGUGUUUGCUGUGUCGAAAAAAGUCCACACCACCAGAUCAAGAGCAGUUGGGGUUCUAACAGAGGAUGAAACACAGAUAGUAUUGCUUGAUACGCCAGGUCUCACUUCGCCCUCCAAAGUCAAAAGACAUAAUCUGGAGAAGUCUCUGCUGUUAGAUCCAUGGAGCACCGUCAGAGAAGCCGAUCUGAUUGUUGCCAUGGUGGAUGUGGCAGACAAAUGGAUGAGUUCCAGGCUGGACUUUGAGCUGCUGAAGUGUCUUACUCAGAACCAGAGCAUCCCAGCAAUACUGGUUCUAAACAAGGUGGACCUGGUGAAGGCAAAGAACAGACUGUUGGACAUUACGGCUGAGUUGACUUGUGGCUUUGUGAAUGGCAAGAAGCUGCAUGUGCGGUCAGUGAUCAAGCCUCCAUGGGCCCAGAAAAAUCCAGAGAGGAAGCCACAGCGAGUGCUUCCAGAGGAUGAGUCGGGCUGCGAGAUGCCUGGAAUGUUGGAGUCUGGGUUGAGCCAAGAGCAGCUGAGUGUGCUGAAGGAUCAGCGUGGCUGGCCACACUUCAAAGAUGUCUUCAUGCUCUCUUCUGUGGACCAGGAAGACGUGCAGACACUGAAGAGUUACUUCUUGUUGGCAGCCAAACCUGGACCAUGGCUGUACCACAGUGAUGUUCUGACUGACCAGAGUCCAGAAGAAAUGUGUCACAACAUUGUAAGGGAGAAGCUGCUUGAGUAUCUGCCCCAGGAAGUUCCUUAUUCAAUGACUCAGGUGAUGGAUUACUGGCGGGAAAAUGAAACUGGCCAGCUGGAUAUUUGUAUUAAACUCCAUGCCAAAAAAGACAAUCACAUCAGGAUGGUGAUCGGUGCUGGGGGGCAGAUGGUGGCUCAAAUUGCUCGAGAGACCAGUGAGGACUUGAGCCGCAUUUUUCUCAGAGAAGUGAGAUUGAAGCUCUCAGUCAAGCUGGUGAAGUGAUGACCUGUGGGAACGUUUAACUUCAUUCUUCUGUCAGUGCAGAAGUCAACAAUAAAGUCAUGUUACAAUAGAACUAAUGACUUAAGUUAGUCAAUAUCAACAGACUGACUUGUUCCUGAUGCCUCUGUGUUAUCUGUCUGGGAAAUGUGACCUUCAGAAAGAGCGUUGAGGAGGUGGAGGUCUGAACGCAGCUCUGUGUCUGGUCCGACUGCGUUUUUCAGAUUAGACAGGCUGGUCCUGGCAGAGAUCUCUGCUGAGAUCAGAUCACGCUGGGAGACAUCUGCGACGCUGUUUAAUCGGACUCACACACCAGACUCAUGCGACUUGCAGUUAAUAUAUUUAUUUGACAUAUUUUUCAUGUACCUGAUCUCAACAUGCAUAAUAAAGAUGUACGCUCUGAGUUGCAUCCA